AUGCUUGCGUGCACUGGAACUGUAAGAUCGAUGCUUGAACGUGAUAACAUGCAUUUGGCAGGUAUGAGUUCCUCUUUAUUAUUAUUAUUAUUAUUGUCACCAUUUCCAUAGUUCAGCGGUCGUCGAAGAACUCAUGAGAACUUGUGAAUUUGCGAAAUUUUACGGCGACGGCAAAAAUUUAACCGAAGCAAGAUGGGAAGCGUUCUGGAAAGGGAAUAAGGCGAGCAAAUGUGAAGAUGGAAUACGUUUCUGUGUCGAGAUAAAAGUGUCAGACGACAGAUUCAUGAUUUUUAUCGGUAUGCCUGACUCGAAAUAUGAAAGGGGGUGGAGGCUUAUCAAUUAUGUAGAUAAUUAUGGGCCUAAUUUCGUUCCCAAUUAUUAAUAAAAUUUCACAACCAACACCCUGGUUUAGCUUAAAGACCCCCGCGUCGUCAACGCGGGGUCUCGUUGUUUUCUUUUUAUUUUUUGCAAUAUUUUGUUGUAGAAGUUGAAAUUUGCAUUUUCUUGGGUUUGAAAGAGUCACAACAUUUUAGGCUAAUGCAAUAGGGUGAGAGGAAGAGACUUAGAGAAAAACAUAAAAGAAUUCACGUUUUGUUGAUUAUUCGCGUGAACUCUUGUCGCCUCGCUUCAUUUUUCAAAAAAAAAAUUUUUUCCGUGACAUUUUGAAAUCCACGUGUUUUUUGCCAACCAGAACACCUCCAAAAUUCUCCCAAAAUCCAGCAUUUCUGGAUUCCGAGAAACAAUGAGCUGCUACGAAAUCAUCGAUCCAAAAGAUCUGACCGACGCGGAAACCUUGGCCGAAGAAUUGAAAAAAGAGACAUUCGAUGUGAAUUUGCCGAAUGGCGCAAAAUUGAUUCAACACGCCGAAAAAGCAUAUUCGAAUUUGUAUUCGAAUGGAAAAAGUUUUGAUGAUUUAGAGGAAAAGAGAAUGGGAGAAGCGUAUUUGGAUGACGAAAUUCAGUUUUUGUUCAAUUUUAAGAUUCAUCCGGAUGGUGUUAAGGUAAAAAAUAGUGUAUUCCGCUUGCUAUGAUCUCUAUGGUUUCCACGUCAUAGCAAUCCACGUGGCCGCUAAAGCGGAACAUAGUGCCGCUUACGCGGAAGCUUGCGGUUUUACACUCGCUCCGCUCGACUGGAGCGCUCUGCGCGAGUGUAGACCGCAAGCUUCCGCGAAGCAGCCACGUGAAUUGCUAUGACGUGGAAACCAUAGAGAUGAUAGUAAUCCACGUGGCUGAUCACGCGGAAGCUUGCGGUCUACAGAGCGCUCGGGUCGAGCGGAGCGAGUGUAGACCGCAAGCUUCCGCGUUAGCGGCACUAUGUUCUGCUUUUCGCGGCCACGUGGAUUACUAGGACGUUUUCCAUAUCAUAGGAAUCCACGUGGCCGCUAAAGCGGAACAUAGUGCCGCUGACGCGGAAGCUUGCGGUCUACACUCGCUCCGCUCGACCCGAGCGCUUUGCGCGAGUGUAUUCCGCAAGCUGCCGCGCGCAGCGGCCACGUGGAAUGCUAUGACGUGGAAACCAUAGAGAUCAUAGCUAUCCUCGUGGCCGCUCACGCGGAAGAUAGUACCGCUAACGCGGAAGCUUGCGGUCUACACUCGCUCCGCUCGACCCGAGCGCUCUGCGUGAGUGUAUUCCGCAAGCUUCCGCGCGCAGCAGCCACGUGCAUUACUAUGACGUUUGCCAUAUCAUAGCAAUCCACGUGGCCGCUAAAGCGGAAGACAGUGCCGCUGACGCGGAAGCUUGCGGUCUACACUCGCUCCGCUCGGCGUGCUUUUUGACGCAGAAAGCUCAAUUUUCACGCCAGGAAAUCCACGUGGCAUCGAAAUUCCUGUGAAAAUCCCAGAUUUUUGCGAGAAAAUUUGAUGAGCAGAAGAAAAUUGCUUUUUUCCGCAAAAAUCUGUGAUUUUCUCAGGAAUUUCGAUGCCACGUGGAUUUCAUGACGUGAAAAUUGAGACUUCUGCGUCAAAAAGCACGCGGAACUUUGAAAAAACAGACACGUGGCAAAAAUCAGGUCAAAAAUGCCGAAAUUUUCCAGUUUUUCUGGAUUUUUAGGCGUCAAAAAUCGAAAAUUUCCCGCAAAAACACACUAAAUUUUACAGAAAAUGAAAUCAGUGGGCAAUACAAUUCAAUCAAAUACCCUAGUUAUCCAACACAAAUGCGUAAUGUAUUCGUACGCGUACGCGUUAACGGUAGCCGCGGAAGAUCCGGAACCCGUAUGCGAAUUCCGCCUCUUCCCAAUCUCUCAUACUUAUCGUCAUCCAACGGGUCAAACGAAAGGCGGUGUACAAAGUACGAUGAAACAAAAAGCGCCGGAAUUAGCGGAUGUUCGCUUGAAAAUCGGGAUGAUUGAAUCGGCGAAAUUGGAUUUGAUUAGGGAAUUGGAUGGAAGUUAUAAGUGUACGACGUUGAUCACGUUGGAGACGCUUAAGAAUAUUACGAAGGUGAGAUUUUUGCGAUUUUUAUAUGAAUUUCAGUUGGAAAAGCCAGAUUUCGAACUGAAAAUCGAUUUUUAGCUAUAAAUCUGCCUUCUUUAACUGAAUUCUGCAUGAAAUAUGUGAAAUUUACCGAUUUUUCGUGAAAAUCUGGUUUUCCACACGAAAUUCUCAUGAAAAAUCGAUUUUUAGACCAAAUUUCAGUCUAGACUAAUGCUUUUUAUCCUUGAAAAUAUGAUUUUUAACUCAAAAUAUUCAAAUUCCCAAAGAAAAUCCAUUUUUAGGCGGAAAAUGAAAAGAAAUUGAUUUUUUUCGUGGAGUACGGUUUAAAGGAACAUUCAUUUGUUUGUUGGGUCUUGAGGGGAAGAGAUGGGCCGUGUGUUUAGCGGGGUUUUUUUCACACCCGCUCAAACAAUGAAAAAAUUAGCAAAAUGCUGUUCUCAUUGGCGUACCAAUUUUAGUUACCUUAGAGGUCGUUAUAUGAACAACUAAAAAUACCAUUAGAAUCAGCGUCUCAAGAUCUACAUUAAACUAUGUUACUCAUAUUUUUAGGGGUCCUGCGAAGAAAGUUACGAUUUGCGUCGAGACCACGCGGUUAAAUAAAUACGUGUCCCUUUAAUCUGCAACGUAAAUCAAUGAAAUAGUUGGCGUACCAAUUUUCGUUAGGAAAACAGGCGUUAGAGAAAAAUGAAAAAUAUCACGAGAUUCAGCGUGUCGAGAUCUACAUUAAACCAUAA